AUGCAGGCAUCACCGUCACCCUCGCCACCACCGCCACCACCACCGAUACUAUCUGUUCCAGAAGGGACAUCAGCAACAGUGACCACUUCUUUGCCUCAGUCUGAGGUGAAGCUCAAGCUGGUGCCCUAUGAUGAUGACGAGGACACCGCCUCGGACAAGGCGCUUCCCACCAAUGGCAGCGACACCAGUAAUCAGCUGGAAACAACAGCAGCAACAACAGCAGAAACAACCUCGCCAGUAAAGUCGGGCAACAUAAAAAAUGGCCAGCAAGCAAAGGAGACAGAUGAUGUUGCUAAAAAGGCUAACAAGGUUGAUAAGAAGGUAAAAGAAAGUGAGGGCGAUGCCGAAGACAUGUCGGCAGGCCCAAAAUCUGCUUCUACCAAAAAACGACCCGCUGAAGCUGAAGAGGAGGAAAACGCUGAAGGCAGUAGUAAUAAGAAGAAGCUCUCUGAACCGCUGUCAGAGCUAAAAGUCCUCUUACUUUCACCAACCCUGCCCAGCCGCUCCAAAUCAUCACCGGCAGCGGUGGAGCAGGCGGUGGAGAAGGCCUCACCGCCGUUGACGAAAAAGAUGAAAAAGGCUGCUGAAAUCAGCAGUCAUCAUCAUCAUCAUCAUCAAUUGGAAACAUCUUCAGCGACGGCCGAUUUAGAUGCCUCUCUUGCAGAGGAAGAAGAGGGUGCCUGCUCCGAGGUGAGCGCCGCCACCUCGGCCAGCGCCAACAGCAGCAGCAAUCAGGAGAUAACCGGAAACGAUGGCAACACCAGCCAGGAGACGGCCGUUUCCGACGUCUCGGGGAAGAGUGUCACCGACACUGAUGAGGAGCUGUCUAAUUCAGUUGUAACCGGAAGUGGAGGAAAGCGAAAGAGCACCAGG